UAAUCAAACAGCAAGCUCGAAGUUCAAAGUGAGACAACAUGUUGAAGGCAGUGUUCUUCGUUUAUUUAUUCGCGUUGUGCUUUGUCGUGGCAGUUGUGCAGUGUGAUACUGUGCAAGAAUGUGAGGAUAAGUUGCCAGCAUCGUUGAAGAGCAGACUGUGCGAGAUUCGGCAGUAUAAAAUAAUUGAAGGACCGGAUAUGGAUAAGCAUAUCGAUUGCGUUAUGAAGGCUGUUGGAUUCGUAUACAGCGAUGGUCGGGGAGAUUAUCACAAACUGUACGAUCCACUGAAUGCGAUCGAGGAGGACCGUAGACAUGAUGUUAAUCUCGAAACAUGCAUCGGUGAAUCGGUACGCGUUCCUGCAAGCCAGCGCGCACAUGUGUUCUACAAGUGUUUGCUGAACACCACUUCCGGUCGAACGUUUAAGAAGGUGUUUGAUCUUAAGGAAUUGGUGAAGGCUGGAAAAGUGCCAAAGCACGCCAGAUAUACGGCCGAAGUCGCUCAAAUGAUGAAGGACAUUGAUGCGAAAUUGUGCUAAAAUUUACACCAACGUGAAAUAAAACAUGUACACUUGACGCCGUCGGAAAGUGAGAAAGUUUGACAGCAUCCCAGAA